CUUCAUUAUAAAACAAAAAACUUCGGGAAAAUAAACAUGUUUACAAGCAGUACUCCAGUCAGAAAGAGGACAAUAUCAUCAGCAUCGAAAGCAGAGAAUGUCCAAGUGACUGUUCGCUGUAGACCACCAGGAAGACAUGAACAAGACAAUUGUUGGGACAUUCAGCCAUACAAAGUCAUACUGAAGGAGGACAUGCGUCUAAAGAAACAACAAGAAUUUAUGUUUGAUAAUGUUCUUUAUGGAAGUGAUAAUGAAUUGCUGUAUUCAACUACAGUGCAUAAUUUGAUAAACCAAGUUAUGGAAGGAUAUAAUGGCACUGUAUUUGCAUAUGGUCAAACUGCAAGUGGCAAAACUUUUGGCAAUGAAACAGAACCGGGUGUGAUUCCAAGGUCAGUUCAUAAUGUGUUUGAUUUUAUCAAGAAGGCUGUAACAAGAGAGUUCCUUUUACGUGUCUCGUACCUUGAAAUAUAUAAUGAAACCAUUAAAGACUUGUUGAACCCAUCCAAUGACAACUUAAAGGUUCAUCAAGACAAAAUACGCGGUAUCUAUGUUAGCCCACUUACAGAAGAGGUCGUUACUACUCCAGAAGACGUGAUGAGGAUCAUUGAACGAGGAGAAGCCAAUAGACAUAUCAGUUCUACAGAUUACAAUUUGCACAGUAGUCGAAGUCAUACCAUGUUUCAAAUGAUUAUUGAAAGCAGAGAAAGAAGUAGUACAAGCACUCAACUCUCGAGUCAUAGAAGAACAUUGACUUCAGUUGGAUAUGGUGUCAAUGGAAUGAAGCCCAAAGAACUUGUGAAGAUUUCUCAAUUGAACUUGAUCGAUUUAGCUGGCUCAGAGAAGGCAGCCUCUAAUGAAGAGCGAAGAAAAGAAGGCUCUUACAUUAACAAGAGUUUAUUGACACUCGGUACUGUCAUUUCUAAACUGACUGAAACUAGUAACGGCAAACCACCGGCUCAUAUCCCAUUCCGUGACUCCAAACUUACACGUAUUUUGCAGACAGCACUUACAGGCCAAGCCAAAGUCGCAGUGAUCUGUGCCAUCAGUCCAUCCUUGAAUUCAGUUGAAGAAUCAAUUAAUACGCUUAAGUUCGCUUCUCGUGUCAAGCGCAUUACUAUUCAUGCUAAAAAUGAUGCUGUCAUGAAUGAUAAAGCACUCUUACAGAAAUACCAGUCUGAAAUUGUUGAGCUCAAGUCUAAAUUACAAUCUACUGCAGAAGUUUUACAGCAGGAAAAAGAAAAGACAGAAUCUGCUAUUCUAGCAGAACGAAUGGAUCACGAGCAGCAAAUGCAACGUAUGCAAACUAUUCGAAACGUUAUGAAAGAGCGUAUUGAUCAUCUGACAAGAUUGAUCCUGACCUCGUCUUCUGUGGCUAUGAACGAUACCACAGCUGCCCUAUUGACUUCUCCGGAAGAUGUUGGCAUUUCUUUGCCUCCUUCCCCCCUGUGAGUGAACAGAGCAGCACACUUCUACAACACAAUAAUAAAGCCAUCAUCCAAGACUUGAGAAGACAGUUACAUAAAGUGACGCAAGAAUCUAAAGAAAAAGACCAGCGUAUCUUAGCUCUGGAAGAACAGCUAAGACAAGCAAACGCCAUGGCGUCUAAAUUGGAAACAAGACUCAGUAUUCAAAGGGCAGAGUUAGAAAUCACUGAACUUUUGGCUAAAGAAAAACAUAGUCAAAUACCAUCUAUAAAAGCAGAAAAGGAUCAUUUUUAUCUCUAAAUUACAAUUAAACAGAAGCUUUUCUUGAAUACAAUA